ACCGUUUGAAAAAUGAAGAAGGCUUCUGGAGAAAGUGCAAUUUAUUUAUCAAACUGUUACACUAAGAAAGUGCAAUGGCAGAUUCUGGAGAUCACAAAGUGGGAAGAAGGAACCCUCAAGUCUGAGAGAUUCGUCGCCGGCGAUUGCGAAUGGAUCAUCGUUGCCAAGUUAAAGAACGUUUGCGGUGAAGAUUAUCUCUCUCUAUUUCUGCGUUGUUGUACCGAUAAGGGAGCAAGGGACUACGGUUGUCGAGACAUUUUCGCCGAUUACAGCUUCAUCGUCGUCAACCGAUUGUGGGGAGCCGAAUCAUUAAUCGAAGGUGGGAAACGCCAUUUUAGAGUAGGUGGGAAAGGCUGGGGAUUCAAAUCUUUGAUUCGACUGGGAGAUCUUCUCAAGCCCCUCAAAGGGUUCCUUGUGAAUGAUGAUAUCCUUAUUCGAGCUCAUGUUUCUACAGUUAAACAAGAAUCGACAUGGUUGUCUGACCUUGAUGAUAGAACCCAGGAGGAAUACACACCUGGAACUCAUCAUCAGGCAGGAGCAGCAGCAAUAGCAGCAGCUGCGGAUUCUGAUACAACUGAAGAAACGGACAUUGGUUCUGAGGCACCAUUAAUUCGAGCUCAUGUUUCUAAAGGACAUGCUUUGCUGCAGGAAGAAUCGACAUGGUUGUCUGAUUUUGAGGAUAGAACCCAGGAGGAAGACACACCUCGAACUCGUCAUCAGGCAGGAGCAGCAGCAGCAGCGGAUUUUGAUACAACUGAAGAAACGGAUAUUAAUUCUGAGGCAUCUGCUGAUCACCAAGAAGAAGAGGAAGAAGCAUCGGAUUCUGACACAUCUGAAGAAACGGAGAUGAAUUUUGAUGCACCUGCUGAUCACCAAGAAGAAGAGGAAGAAGCAUCGGAUUCUGACACAUCUGAAGAAACGGACAUGAAUUCUGAUGCCCCUGCUGAUCACCAAGAAGAAGAAGAAUAAGCAUCGGAUUCUGACACAGCUGAAGAAACGGACAUGAAUUCUGAUGCACGUGCUGAUCACCAUCAACAACCUAAUGGCGUCAUAGCUGGAUCCAUCGCGGAACCAAUGAAUGAGAGGCUCUCCUCCGGACGCAGAAUUGAUUGUGUAGCUCAUCAGGAUCCUGAAAGGCUUCAGGCUACCACUUUAUCAGGUCAAGAGGUACCAUUAAGAUUAUUGCUGGACACAAGUUACUGCAUGCUUUCUUAAUUAUCAGUGAGCAGGUACGAGAUGGUUAAUGUCAUAUUUGCAAGGCCAAAUCUUUGAUGUACACCAUCCAAUAUAGCAAUUUGGAUUAAGGAUUCUGGGUUUGCAGAAUAUACCAUUUCUUGCUGCGGGGCUCGGAAAAAGGGUGUGGUGUAUGUGCAUAUAUGCUUGUUGAAUAUUUGUAGUUUAGGAGCAAGAUUUCGCUUUAGUUUCACUCAAGAUUAAGGUCAAAAGACUCAACAAUUCACUCUAAUCUAGUUUACUAAUAUCUGUACAAAAACUUUAUUAUAUACUUAAUGAGCAACAAAGAAACCUAAUUCCUUUCUAUAAAUAGAAUACUUUCCU